AUGAAAAUAGCAGCUGUUCAGUAUUGCAUCGACCACGACGAUCCCCAUGGCAACUGGUCUCGUAUCGAGGACUAUAUCAACAAAGCCAAAAGUCAAAACGUGGACUUGAUUGUUUUCCCAGAGUAUAUUAUUGGUGGUCCUGGUCCUGAAAGGGUAACUGGAAAGGAGGCAUGCGAACGUUUCUGCAGCUUGGCAAAGCAAUAUGAUCUUGACAUCGUAUCGGGAACCAUUGUUGAAAAAGAUCCGGAGGAUGGCAAACUAUACAACUGCGCCUAUUAUAUCGACAACCGUGGCCAAGUCUUACUAGAAUACCGCAAAGUGCAUCUUUGGCAUCCUGAACGAGAUUACUUGCACCAAGGCAAGCAUGGAUUUGGUACCACCAAGAAUAGAUUUGGGAUCACUGUUGGCAUGUGCGUAUGCUGGGACAUUGCAUUCCCUGAAGGUUUUCGGCAUAUGGUAUUCAAGGAUGGUGCUCAAUUAGUGAUUGCGCCAGCUUAUUGGACAUUGGAGGAUGCUGGUCCUAUUGGUCAAGGUCACAACGCAUUUAGUGAAUCGGCAUUCCUUGAUUCUGUUGUUCCCGCACGUGCGUUUGAAAAUGAGAUUGCCAUGGUGUUUUGCAACGUGGGUGAUCCCAACGGUGAGGGGCAACGAAAAAGUCCAUUUGGUGCUUCGGCUGGAUGUACCCAAAUUGCGGUUCCUUUCAAGGGCGUGAUCGCUCAUUGUGCAGCACGUACCGAAGAGAUGAUUGUGGCCGAUGUGGAUGUUGAAACAUUGACACGUGAUGCGGAAACAGUAUACAAGGUGCGAGAAGAUUGGAUCAAGGGCAAGAUCUUUGGUGGCAGUCCUGCAUACGAGGUGGAGUCUAUCGUUAAGCCUAGUAGCCAGUAG